CAACGAUCAGAACGGCAUUGCCACUUCAAGAACCUGCUCACUAGAAUUAUCUCAACGAAUGGAGUCUAGUAUACUUGUCAAUCUUUGGAUUGGUUUGUCUUUGAGCUGCGGACUCUCUGGUUGGAAAAUUAAUUACUAUAAUAUUUGACAUGCACCGAUCACAUCUUUGACGGCUUUUUUACGUGCUCCGUCUCAGCUGGGCACGACGCAUUUUAUGUCAGACAUUAAUAUCCUCACGUAUAAAUAUACGUUGCAGGAAUGUAGCACCAAUUAACAGAUUAGCCCUUUGCGCUAUUAAGACUGCCCGAAAUGCUCAUACCCACUGAACCAGUCGGAUCACUUCCACGCCCAGUGAAGCUUCAGCAGGCCAUCAAAGACUAUGAAGCUGGAAAGAUCGACAAGACGACAUUUCAGCACCUGCAAGACGAAGCUUGCAGGGAUUCAAUCGUUCGCUCUGAGCAAACAGGCGCGCCUAUCAUCAGUGAUGGAGAGCAGCGUGCCUCUAGCUUUGCUACGUACCCACUCACGGAUACAUUGGGCGGCACAGGCCUCGCUCCUUGUCUUUCACCGGCUGGACAGUGUUUUGCGUAUUUUGAUGAUGGUCACCAUGUAUCGCUACCGAAGCUCGAAAAGGGCCCUUUCCGUUACAAUCUCUAUGCAGGCGAGUAUUACGACAAAUCUAAAGGAUAUGCUACAAAGCCCAUGAAGCAGGCUGUCAUCUCACCAUCUAUGCUAUCUCUUCUUUAUCCGCUUGACAAAGAGAUUCCUGGCUAUAGCCGAGAACAAUUUUACUCGGAUUUAGUCGAUGAGUGUGAGAAAGACAUUCGGAAGGCAUUUGCAGCGGGAGCUUCUCGUGUCUCUGUGGACUUCACGGAAGGUCGCUUGGCUUCUAAGAACGACCCACGAAGCCCCUGGACUGGUCACAAUAUGCUUGAUUUCUUUAUCAAACUGAACAACCGUGUUUUUGACCGUUUUGCACCAGAGGAGAGGCGCAAUAUCGGCGUACACACCUGUCCUGGAGGCGACAAUGAUUCUACACAUUCUGCAGACGUUCCGUACCGCAAUCUUUUACCAGCACUGUUUCAGAUGAAUGCAGGAUACUUCCUUAUCUCACUAACUAACGAAACAGACAAGACAGAAGUAUUCAAGCUUUGUAGAGACCAUCUGCGUGCGGACGCUGAUGGAGUGGCACAAUCUAUAUUCAUCGGUGUCACUUGCCCCACAAACCAACGUAUCGAAACUCCCGAAGAAGUUUGCGAAACCAUCCUAGAGGCCGCAAAGUACAUCCCGAAAGAACGACUCGGGACAACAGACGACUGUGGAUUCUCGCCAUUCAGCACGGACACGAAGCCGACUCAUGGUGGGAACCCGGAUCUCGCACGAGAUAUUGCGUUUAAAAAGAUUGCAAGUCGCGUGAAGGGAACACAACUUGCUAGCGAGAAACUAGGUAUAUAAUUACAUAUUCAUUACACAAAUCAAGGGCUUUGACGGCUCUUUUAACCAAGUAGCAUCCCGUCCUGUACAUAUGAUGUCGCCUUAUUUUGCGGUAGGAAUGGUACUGUUGUCUCUAAUACUAGCCUUGCUGUUGAAUCUUGUUGUAUUCUCACUCUGAGAGUGUCGGAAAUGGUACAUGUCUAUGUAAGCGAAGCAGCUUGUAAGCGAAGCAGUUUAGAUUUCGCAUUGCAUCUCUAUUCUUGACUUUUUACUCGCAUAUUGACUCCUACCUUGAUCAAUACAAGCUUCCCUCAAUUCCUGCUCAAUCUU